UUACUCAUUUCUCAAACUUCUCUCUCUCUCACUCUUCUCUCUCCCUCUCUCUCGCUCGCUCCUCUCACUCGCCGGAGAUCUGAUACUUCUGAAUUGGACCUCUCCGUUAUAGUGAUCGGACAUGUCGUCGCCUGCAACGUCUUAUUGGUGUUACAGAUGCACGCGCUUCAUUCGCAUGUGGGCCCAUGAAAAUACCAUCACCUGCCCCCACUGCGAUGGAGGGUUCAUCGAGGAGAUCGACGCCUCUCCUUCGUCGGAUAAUCCCCACCCUCGGUUGGCAGCCUCCGCCAUGUAUUUGUUUGGAAACAACGCUCAAGAUUCUGAGCACGCCCCGGCCCUGGUGUCCCGCCGGAGCCGCCGUAGCCCAGGCAGCCGGUCGCCGUUCAACCCGGUUAUCGUCCUACGCGGAGUAUCGGCAGACCCCGUAGGCGACGGUGACGGAGAGAGGAACAGCUUCGAGUUGUAUUACGACGACGGAGCUGGGUCCGGGCUUCGUCCACUGCCGGCGACCAUGUCAGAGUUCUUGAUGGGUUCGGGUUUCGAACGUUUGCUGGAGCAGCUGGCCCAGCUCGAAGUGACCGGGCUCGGACGUCCCGAGAAUCCACCCGCAUCUAAGGCCGCGAUAGAGUCUCUACCGACGAUCGAAAUCGUGGACAGCCACGUCGGCUGCGAGUCCCACUGCGCGGUCUGCAAGGAAGCCUUCGAGCUCGGCGUGGAGGCCCGCGAGAUGCCGUGCAAGCACAUAUACCACUCAGACUGCAUCCUCCCAUGGCUUUCUCUACGAAACUCGUGCCCGGUUUGCCGGCACGAGUUGCCGAGCGAGCGAAACGAGGGCGAUAAUUCGGAAGAAGACACGGUGGGGUUGACCAUAUGGAGGCUACCUGGAGGUGGGUUUGCUGUGGGGAGGUUCUCUGGGGGAAGAGCAGCUGCGGAGAGAGAACUACCGGUUGUGUACACGGAAAUGGAUGGUGGGCUUGGUGCUGGUGGGGCUCCGAGAAGGGUUUCGUGGGCUUCAAGAAGGAGUAGAGGGAGGGAGAAUGGUGGGUUCCGCAGGGCUUUCCGGAAUUUCUUCUCCUUCUGGAGGUCGAGGCCUGAUUCUUCGUCUGCGCACUCUGGGUCUGAGUCUCGGUCUAUGAGCAGAAGUCAGAGUCAUUCGGGUUCGGUGUUCAGUAGGUACGUGCGAAGGCGGAACAACGCUUGGGUUUUGGGGGAUCAGAGUGGGAAUGGGAGGUGAUUCUUUUGGUAAUAAAUGACAAAACUUGGCACUAUAUUUAGAAAUCAAAGGUCGAUUCACUGUAAAUAGCAUUGAAUUUGGCAAGUUUUCAUGAAAUGGAGACCGAGUAGAGAAUGGGCCAGUUUGAUUUAUCAUACUGCAGACUGCAGAGGUUUCGCUGGUGCGCAAUUUGGAAGCUAUGUUUUUGAGCGAGAGACAGACUCUAUGGAAACUCCGAAGAUAGUUUUCAAGUAUUGCAAACAUCAUGCCUGUUUGAUGUUUCAAGGCCAUAGUUGGGAAGAAUUCUUUAUUUCUUUGUUCUAAUAUGUAGUAAACCUCAGUUUCAACUUUAUGUUAAACUUCUUUUCCUUGGUGAUCAAUUUAUAAAACUAUUGCUUGGAUA